UGUGCUGUCAUGCGGCGGGCGCUCCGCUCCGGGCUGUGCGCAGUGGCGCUUGUCCUGGCAGCCUGCGCCCCUCUCUGCACAGGUCUAACAUGUGUGUGCCAACUGUGUGAAAAAACGAACUACACUUGUGAAACGGAAGGGGCUUGUUGGACUUCUGUCAUGCUAACAAAUGGUAAAGAAGAAACAAUAAAGGCAUGCGUUUCCCUAUCGCAACUGAAGGCACAAAUUUUCUGCCAUGGUUCUAAGAACGUAACCAAGACAGAAUGCUGCUAUACAGAUUUUUGCAACAACAUCACCAUUCACUUGCCCACAGGUCAAGAUACUUCAAGCAAAUCGAAGCUGGGACCUGUGGAGUUGACAGGGAUGAUAACUGUACCCGUAUGUGUCUUGUCUAUAGCUCUAAUGCUGCUUGUAUACACAUGUCAAGGCCGCCACUGCAAAUUCAGGAAGAAAAGAAGGGCAAAUAUUGAAGAACCUCUGUCGGAAUGCAACCUCGUGAACCCAGGGAAAAGUCUCAGAGAUCUAAUUUUUGAUAUGACAACAUCAGGUUCGGGGUCUGGUUUACCUCUCCUUGUCCAAAGAACAAUUGCAAGGACUAUUGUUCUCCAGGAAAUAGUAGGAAAAGGUCGAUUCGGCGAAGUCUGGCGUGGAAAAUGGUGCGGGGAAGACGUAGCUGUGAAAAUCUUUUCCUCGAGAGAUGAAAGGUCUUGGUUUCGUGAAGCAGAAAUCUAUCAGACAAUUAUGCUGAGGCAUGAAAAUAUCUUGGGUUUUAUUGCUGCUGAUAACAAGGAUAAUGGAACUUGGACCCAGCUGUGGCUUGUAUCGGACUACUAUGAGCAAGGGUCUUUGUUUGACUACUUAAACAGCAACACUGUGACAGCGGACAGGAUGAUAAAGCUGACCUUUUCAAUAGCAAGCGGCCUAGCACAUCUUCACAUGGAGAUUGUCGGCACCCAAGGCAAACCAGCUAUUUCACAUAGAGACCUGAAAUCUAAAAAUAUUUUAGUCAAAAGGAAUGAAACUUGUGCCAUUGCUGACCUAGGACUGGCGGUGAAGCAUGACUCUCUAUUAAACACAAUUGACAUACCUCAAAAUCCUAGAGUGGGAACCAAGAGGUACAUGGCUCCAGAAAUACUUGAUGACACAAUGAGCAUGAAUAUCUUCGAGUCCUUUAAGCGUGCAGACAUCUAUUCUCUUGGGCUGGUGUACUGGGAGAUAUCCCGAAGAUGUGCAGUUGGAGGAAUUGUUGAAGAAUACCAGUUACCUUAUUAUGACGUUGUGCCUUCUGAUCCUUCAAUAGAAGAUAUGAGAAGGGUAGUCUGUGAACAAAAACUUAGACCAAAUAUCCCAAAUCAGUGGCAAAGCUGUGAGGCGCUCAGAAUAAUGGGCCGAAUAAUGCGCGAAUGCUGGUACGCCAACGGGGCAGCUCGACUGACAGCGCUUCGCAUUAAGAAGACCAUUUCUCAACUCUGCAUACAAGAAGAUUCCAAAGCUUAAGUCUGCCCACCCUGCAGAGAAGGAGACGGAAGGAAAUCAUUUGCAUGUUGUUUUUGCAUUGUUUUUGAUUUUGCUCUACCUCACUGGAUGCUAAGUACAGUAUUUUAAGAGCCCAAACUCCAGGAUACUAGAAACUCGUUUCCUUGGUGGUUAAAAUUUAUUAGGGUUAAAUUUGGGCUCAUGGCUAAUGUUCAGUCGGCCUUGGCUGGUAAAUGAAAAGAGAUUUAAUAAAUUAUGGCGUGGGGACGGGUGGGAACAUGAGACGUGAUCCACUAACGUGCUCCCUGGGACUGACAUGAUUGCCAUGCCAGCACAAGCCACCAAACCCCACCAAAUCCCAGGGCACAACUGAGAAUGGAAUCUCACAUGGGAAGGCCAAGGUACGCUUGUGGCUUGUGCUGCUGGCAUGCAAAUAACUGAAGAAACUAUAGUAUUUGUUCUUCAAAAGGGUUGUAUCCUAGGUGAAGCCUGAAUGUACUAACUAUCCUACACUAAGAUAUGUUGCCUCCCUUGACCCGCACUCUUUGUCCCUCAUAAGAUGAACAGCUUUUCAGCUCUCCUCAAGAAUCGAGGUCUUUGCCAUGAGACCUUGCAAGGCAUUAGGCCUGGAGCAUUCUCACUUGUUCCCUUGGUGGAUGACACACCAGAGGCUUAUAUCUUGCAAGAUCUCCACAGGAUUUGAUCAUGAAUGCCCUCCCAUGUUGAUGCUGAGCGUAUCACAUUCCUCCUGCCCACCUCAUCUUUAACCCCCCCCCCCACCGAUUCCUGCCAGGGAGGCACUCCUGCUAGCUGAAAUCAGAAUGUAGUGUGUGUACCUAUUCUAAACUAUACAUUAACAGAAUGUUAUGAUUAAAGGAAACAUGUGCAAAAGGAAGCACACAUCCCUGCCGUUUCCAGUUCCAAGGAUCAGACAGCAGAUGAUGUGAAAGGCUUCUGCCUAAGACCCCAGAAGGGGUUUUCUGCCAAUCAGAAUAGACUCUACUAGGCUAGAUGGGCUCAUAAUCUGACCUGGUGUAUAAAGGCGCAAUCCUAUGUAUGUUUAGGCAGAAAGUCCUACAACGCCCAAUGUGCCUGCCUAAAGAUGCAUGGGAUUGUGACCUAAGGCAGCUUUCUCUGUGCCUAAGCAAGUGUGCCAUUACCCUCGAAACAAAAGAGCAACUCAGACCAAAUGAAUUAAGGCAUUGAAGUAUUUUUCAUAGAACUUUGUAAAAUUAUUGGUGCAAUGUGUAUAUAAUUCAUUUUUAUUUAAUCGUCUAUUAACCAACCAGGAAACAUUCAGCGGAACAUAUAUAUUGUGAAAUGAAAGUUCUUGUUUUAUUCUGUGUUGCCUUAAAGGUGACCAUUUAUUUAAAGCUUCAAGAGUGACUUUAUAGUUAAAUGUUGGAGAACUGCAUUUGUUACAUAUCUUUUUGUUUUCAGACUUCUGAUCUCUGAAUGAAAUAUUUCAAAAUCUUAGCUAAGAACUGCUGCUGUCGGGAUGAAUGAGGUUGAUUGAAGUUAGAAUGAGGCUAUAACGUAAUGCAUGUAUAAUAAAUGCUUCCUUGACCGAGGAAAAGCCAAACUGUAGAUAUAAUCAGAAUGUCUAUAAAGAAGUGCUAUUUGACUCAGAGUUGCAUUGAUCCAUAAUGAAAGGGGCGAAAGGAAACAAUAUCAAAUAAUAAUGGUAAUGAUUUAGACAAUGCAAAUUUGGAUAAUGGGGUGUGUAAAUAUUUUAAUGAUUAUUUUUCAGGAAUUCAGACCUGGGAUGAAUUUUGAAUUUGGUAAGAGGAUGGUGGGAGUUUUUUGUCUUUUUUGUUUUUUAAAAGGAAGAGGUGCUGACUUUAGAAUAAUUGCUUCUUUUUUAUCGGUUGACUCAGUGGCAGCUGCAUUUUACUCAUUCAGUGGUGAAGAUAUAAAUUUGGUGUAAUUUCAACAGGUCAUGAGAGCUAUGCUGCUUUGAGGAUCAUUUAGGGAUGUCAGUUUCACUUUCUUCUGCAGUUGAAUUUUUAAAAUCUCAAGCUCUUUUUGUCCCAAAUAUGGAAACCUUUGUAAAUUUUGGUAAAUUCUUAUCAAAUCCAAAAUGAAAUUCUCAUCCAUCUGUAGGGACAUUGUGAUCCAUCUAAGAGCUAGUUCACAUAUGUGUAUACUGUGGUUAACGACUCUCACCGUCUUUUUAAUUUGAUGAGUUGAGAUCUUGAUAAUAUGAAAGCUCUGUGGUGAUUAAUCUCUGUGUGGUGAAUUCGUCGAUGCAAGUUGUCAUUUGAUACUGUGGUCUAUAAGAGAUAAAACACUGCAUGUGUGACCUGGUCCUUAAAUUGCCUCUUGCAUUUGCUAUGUGUCAUUUGCCAUGUGCUUAUUUUAAAAAAAUUAGGGACCUUUUUUAUUGCUGCAGCUAGUGUUGCUGUGUGAAAAUGGAAUACUUUGUAUGUGAAGAAUGUUGCUUCUAUUCCAUGAUCGUUGGGAAUUGCUGGUAUAGUUUGAAAUCUUGUUUUAUUGAAGUCUCCUGCCUAUUACCUGGACCGUGCUGUGUAAUUUUCAUGUGAAUAAUGAGUUGCCUUGCAGAAAGCAUCCUUAACUGGGUGCUACCACAAGCUAUGUAUUUGUGUUCUGAAAUAUUUUGGUGUGGCUAAGCCCAUGCUGUGAUGUCCUUAUUUGUAUGAAACUUUUUGAAAGGGGCAUACACGGUCCAUUCUAACAGGCACCACAAACGCAUGGCCCUACCAGGAAAGAAGUAUUAAAAGGUACAAAAUAGUUCUACGGAAUAUGAUGAAAGUGCAAUAAAUUGAACCUGAAGAAUAAUCUGUAUGUAUUAGUUAGAAGCAUAAGUCCGUGUCAAAAGAAGUAUAUCUCUUUAGAGCUCAAUAGAAGCUUAAUGGUGGGGCAGAGCUCCAUUUCAGAGAGGGGCAAUGUAGUAUUUCAGUCUGCAAGUCUCCAUAAAAGCUGUUCAUUUUAUAGAAAUAGGAAUAUUUUUUAUCUUCAGACAUAGGCUAGCUUCAAACGUAGUUAUGGAACUGAAUGAUGAAGUUGCACUUCAUACUGUACAUGGUUUAACCUAGUCUAUACUGUAACAAGUAAAAUAUUUAUUUUUUUAACAGUUGCUUUAAUAUUGCUGCUGCCUCUGGUUGUAAAUAAUGUGUCUGAAUGUUGCAUUUUUGUAUACCGACUCCCCUUCCCCACAAAGUGUAUUUUUGUAAAAUGGCAACUUUUACUAUAUUUUUCUUUGCCAUUUGUUUCUGUGAAGCAUAACCUCUUUUAAAUAAUAAAACCACGACG